CGUCCCCCGCCCCAACAUGGCGGCCGCGGGCAAAGCGGCGCCGCUUCCUUCUCGCGACGGCGACCUCGGCGGCGGCUUCCUGGGAGCGCGGCUGCCUGCCGCUGUGGGGGCCAUGGCUCGUAGCCUCCGCCAGCUGGACCGGGACACCUUCCGCCGGCUGCUUGCAGUAACUGUAAGUGCAUUGGAAGGAAAUGAUUGCAAAGACUCUGUGCAGAGGAUUGCAGAAAAUGCCGAUUUGUCGGAACAGCAGCUUGCUGUCCUCAUCUCAGGCAUGUACACGCUCCUCAGAGAAGCCUUGCGCCUUCCUCUACCAACUUUCAAACAAGAAGUUUUUAAGGAAGAUCUGAAGGAUCUCAGGAUACCAGACGAUUUCAUCGCAGACUUUGCCAGCAUAGUCUUUGGUAACAGGCGUCCUGUUCUUGAAGCCACAACUCUGAAACAAGCAAAUAGUUUGCCAAGAGUCAAAGACUUCCAGUGGAGGGUGGAUGUGGCUAUAUCUACAAGCUCGCUGGCCCGUGCAUUGCAGCCGUCCAUUUUAAUGCUGCUGAAGCUUUCGAAUGGGGAAGCUCAUCGUUUUGAAGUGCCGGUUGCGAAGUUUCAAGAAUUACGGUAUAACAUUGCUCUAAUACUGAAAGAAAUGAAUGAUUUGGAGAAAAGAAGUGUUCUGAAAAUCCAGGACUGAACCUUUCAGCUGGUGAAUGAACAGAGCAGGUCUGAAACCCUUAACGAGAGAAUUGUGAAUUGCAAAAUGAAGAACCAGCACCAUUUUGCAUGUCUGUAUUGUAACAUUAACAUUUCUAACGUUGCUGUAAAUAUUUUUCAAUUAAAGUGUUAAAAGCCU